CACGCUAAUAAUGAAUGGUAUUGUGUAGGCUCUCGAGAAAACAGGUACGAGAAAACAGGUGCUUUAAGUUUAACAUUAACGUUAGAGAUGACUUCUCCCGAUCAUAAUGAACCAGGAGCCAUGGAAACUUAUCUGGAAGCUAUACAACACAACAGAGAUGGUUCUGUGAUCUUAGCUGCAUCUGGACUAACUGGGAGACUUUGGACGGGUUCUCUAUGGUACUAUGAAGAUUCUACGAGUGCUCCAGAUGUAAAUAGAUGCAGUGCAGGCGUGCGUACAGAAGCAGGGAUCACAGACGUGGAAUGGAUAGAUGAAAACAGACUAGCUAUUGGAUCUGAUACAGGUGCAAUUGAGAUUUGGCAGCUGGAGAGCAACGCUUUCCGCAAUUUGUUCUAUCUGUACGAGCACGACAGUGCAGUGAACUCUGUCAGUGUGAACUCUAACAAGACUAGGGUCAUCAGCGGUUCAUCUGACAGACUGAUCAAGCUAUGGGAUCUAGCUACACAGCGCUCUAUUGGUACUCUCAAUGUUCACACAGCGAAGGUAGAACAGCUGGCGUGUAGUCCCAACGAACUAGAAGUCUUUGUUUCAUGCUCCCAGGAUGGUUCGGUAAUGUUAUGGGAUAUGCGGAAAGCUAAACCAGCACAGCGUCUAUCCUGUCCUUCAGGCCUGCCUACAAGUGUAGUUUGGAAACCAGGAGAAUCCUAUGUUAUAGCAGUCGGUGACGAGAGUGGUAGCAUUACUCUACUAGACGCUCGUAGUCAUCAAAACGCAGCUAUUGUUACAUCAGCUCACACGAGGGCAGUACACAGGCUAGCCUUCUCCACCAAAUCUCCUCUCUUACUUGCAUCUGUAUCUGAUGAUUGUACAGCAGCAGUUACUGAACUACAACCAGAGCUCAAACAAAUAUACCGUAGCUAUGCCCACAAUGACUUUGUUCAUGGACUAUCCUGGGAUUCUCAGAGUAACAAGCUUCUAACCUGUGGUUGGGAUCGCCAAGUCAUAUCUCAUGAUAUCAACAUCGCAACAUCAAUGGCUGUUUAGACAGUUCCAGCUAUGGUCCUUUAGACAGCUCCAGCUAUGGUCCUUUAGACAGCUCCAUCUACAGCCCUUUAGACAGCUCCAUCUACGGCCCUUUAGACAGCUCCAUCUACGGCCCUUUAGACAGUUCCAUCAACGUCCUUUAGACAGCUCCAUCUACGGCCCUUUACACAGUUCCAUCAACGCCCUUUAGACAGCUCAUCUACGGCCCUUUAGACAGUUCCAUCAACGCCCUUUAGACAGCUCCAUCUAUGGCCCUUUAGACAGUUCCACCAACAUCCUUUAGACAGUUCCACCAACGUCCUUUAGACAGUUCCAUCAACGACCUUUAGACAGCUCCAUCUAUGCCAUUUAGACAGCUCCAUCUACGGCCCUUUACAGAGCUCCAUCUACGCCAUUUAGACAUCUCCAUCUACGGCCCUUUACACAGCUCCAUCUACGCCAUUUAGACAGCUCCAUCUACGGCCCUUUAGACAGUUCUAUCAACGCCCUUUAGACAGCUCCAUCUAUGGCCCUUUAGACAGUUCCAUCUAUAGCUCUUUAGACAGUUCCACCAACGUCCUUUAGACAGUUCCACCAACGUCCUUUAGACAGUUCCAUCAACGCCCUUUGGACACCUCCAUCUACGCCAUUUCUCCAUCUACGGCCCUUUACACAGCUCCAUCUACGCCAUUUAGACAGCUCCAUCUACGGCCCUUUACACAGCUCCAUCUAUGCCAUUUAGACAGCUCCAUCUACGGCCCUUUACGUAGCGCCAUCUACGCCCUUUUGACAGCUCCAUCUACGGCCCUUUAGACAGUUCCAUCUACGGUCCUUUAGACAGCUCCAUCUAGGCCCUUUAGGCAGUUCUAUCAACGUCCUUUAGACAGUUCCAUCUACGGUCGUUUAGACAGCUCGAUCUACGGCCCUUUAGACAGCUCCAUCUAUGGCCCUUUUGACAGCUCCAUCUACGGUCCUUUAGACAGCUCCAGCUAUGGUCCUUUGGACAGCUCCAUCUAUGCCCUUUAGACAGCAACAUCAAUGGCCCUUUAGACAUUCCUCUAUAUCUAGUGCUGUACCAACCACCCCAAAAAUAUUUUGCUCUGUGUGUUGAUAGGGGUUUGACAUCGUUAUACUCGAUUCACCUGCAAGGAACCAAAUCCAACUCAGGUUCCAUGUGCUUGGCUUUAUGUUGUUCUUGAUUUGCCUCAUGUUUGUUAACCCCUAGAAUGCUAGGUACCGGUAAAGAUAAUUGAGUUUGAGUUUGUACAUUCCAGCUGUACAUAAGUUUUUUGUUUGUUUAGGUCAUUGCAUGGUGCACUUUAUUAUACAACAUUGUGCCAUUAAGGAGUAUAUGUAGUGCAAGGUUAACUAUAAACAAAUACAGUACUUUAAUAUAAGAAAUUUCUUGCAACACUAGCUUUCUACAAAUCCUAAAAGAUAGCUGUUUUGCAGUACGGUAAUGACAUUUUUUUGGAGGUUGCCCGAAGAUAAUAUUCGUCAUAUUGCUUGAUGAUUAUAACAACAGAGCCUGUGCAUGAGGUUCAUCCCGAAAUCGUUCAAGCAACGGGCUAGAGCAGGGCAAAUUCAGUGUUUGCACUGCAUGGUGUGAUCACCACACCAUUGUUCAGCACCAAAUUGUCUAGAACUAGCAACUUUUACCAAGUUGGCCAGUAUGAUGUCACUCCUGAUUGUCUCACGGUAAUAUAAUCAUUGGAUAGCAGUCAACAUUGACAUUGUGUGUAUUCAUAGCGUUGCAUAUCUACGUGUUUAGUUUAUUUAUAACCUUCCAGCGCAAGAACUGGCGUUUCACAAAGAUCCCAAGUCAAACUUAACUCUAAGCUGGACUUAAAUAGUAUGGAGAGCCAUUUGUAGCCUUAAAUAAAAUAUAGUCAAAAGCAAAAAUUGAAGUAUUUUAGACUUUUUAUAAAUUCCACAUCAUGAACAUGAAAUCUCCUUGAUAAUAAAAAAUGUGGAUAAUUUGAAUCAACAUUUUAUGCCUUUUAAAAUAACUUUUACAAAAAUAUUUUCAUAGAUGCUUAACUUAGGAUCUUUGUGAAACACUCCUGGAUAAAUUUAUGAUGAUGUCAUGCCUCGUACCCACCAAGAAGAUUCAUAUUUACACGACUGUAUAAUGUGUAGCAGCCUACAUGUGUCUCCUUGUAUUAUCUUGAAUGCCUGUUAAGUAUACUUUGAGAGUUUCAAGUCUUUAUGAGAUAAAAACAAUGUUCAGCAAGUCAUUAUGGUCUGUGCAUGUGAAAGGUGCACCUCAUGAAGAUGUCUGCAAUUUUCUCUUCUUCUUUUUUUUUGUUGUCAUGCGAUUGGAAAGUGUGCACAUCGUGUGUUUCGAUGAAUGGGAUAAUAAUAUAUGUAAAGCACUUAAAGACCGUAUAAGGUAUUAAGCACUUUACAUGUAUAAAUCCAUACUUAUUAUUAUUUCGUAUUGUGUUUAACCUAGAUAAUAGUUUAUACUUUUGGUAUCCCUCCAUUUCAUUGGAUUGUACAUUUAUCAUUUUGUACACUUUUAUUUCAUGUUUUGUGGAAAUAAAUCCAAAUAAAAAUACUGCAGCUGUGGUCAAACUCUUUCAA